CAAAGCUUCCCAUUUCUUUAUUGAUACUUUUUUUAUCUACUAAGUUUUUAUAAUUGAUUUAUUAUUAUAGUGAGCGCGUUAUUUUUAAAGAAGAGUGUUUUAACUAUCACAGUAACUACAAUUUCUCAAGACAUAGUAUGGAUUCCAGAAAUACUUCAUAUCACCUAGGUAACAAGCGAAAGCCAAGAAUUUUUGAAGAUUUACCAAGUUCUCUUCAGCAUACUACAGUUUCAAAUUUUAAUGUUGUGGACGCUGCUCCUCGACGUUCUAAGCAGUCAUCAAGACGUGAAAAAGAAGAACCAAAUGCACAUAAUUCGAAUAUCAACAUUAAUACUGAAGUACAUCAGAUUCUUCCACAAUCUACUAUCGCCAUUUCGGAGUUAUUUUCUGCUCUUAUGGAUCCUCCUGAAUUCCAAUUAGAAAAACGAGCUGAACCAAACAGUCUGAGAGUACAUUACUCUGCUGAUAAUAAUGCUACUGAAAGUCAAAGCAGAAACAGAAAGUUUACAAAACUACAAAUCGGUGUCCGAGCUAUUCUUGGUCUGAUGAUUUUAUUUAUUAUCAUUUGUUGUAUAGCUUAUUUCGUAGAACCAAAAUCUACGGCCUCCGUUUCGGUGACUCUUCUUUCUUUAUUUUUAGCGCUUAGUUGCUUUGCGUUAUAUAUUCUUCUAAUUUUUUGUAAGAUAUGUACGCUUCCAUGUACCAACGAAACAGCUGAAUUUGACUUUUAGAA